AUGGUCGAAAUUCUGAUUCCUGAUGAAAAGCUAACCUUUAAAGCAUUGAAGAUCGCAGGCGACUUCACAGCUUGGAAAAUCCAACCAAUGGUGCUGGUCUCAAAGGAUGAAUCCGUAGAACACAUUCCUUCAUGGAGAUUUGUUAUUACUGACGAUAUGAUUAAGGACUAUUGCACCGAGGAAUCUUCUAAUGAGACAAUGAUUCAUUUCAAAUUCAUUGAUGAUGGCGACAAUUGGUUUACUUCUGAUAAUUUUGAUUUGAUUCCCGAUGAAAAUAAUAAUAUUAAUAAUGGUAUAUUGUUGCAGUUUGAGAAUGGAAAAUUGAAAGAAGAAACAAAUAUUGAUAUUGACGAUACUCCAGAAUCGUCACUAAUAGAACCCGUUUUGCAGGAUCUCACUCCAGACCCAAGUUUGGAAAAUAUUGCAAUCGUUAAACAGACUAGUGAUGAUGGUGAUAAUGGCGUUGCUACCGGUGAUGAAGAUGAAGAUACUGCAAUGGAUACCAUAAAUGAAGAACAACCAGUACCUCUUGUUAUACCACAGACACCAAUUAAGUCUGGUCGAGGAUCUCCAGUUGGUGACGAAACGGUAUUCUUUUCUCCAGGUAUGAAUAUCCCAAAGGGGCUAGAUGUCACGGAGGAUGAAGAUGAAGCUGAAACUCCUGCUGCAGAAAGAGCAAUGGUUGAAAAAUUGAAAGAAGAUGAAAUUAAUAACCUAAUGAAUAAAGAAGUACGUGAGACAAAGGAUCCUGAAGCUUAUAAGGGCAUGCUACAAAGAUUGAUUGAUUUUAUUUCUGCCUUUUUUGGCUCAUGGUUUCAUUUUUUCACUGGAGGUAAUAAGGACUAG